AUGACUGAGAACGCUGCCUUAGCUGAUGCUAUUCAUUUGUUGGCUGAAAAUCUAAACCAAAAUCGAAGAGACCAACUCGACCCCCAAGAUGAGAUGUUUAAGAAGCUGGCCCAGGUUAUGCCACCAGUUUUUAGGGGAGGUGCUAACCCUACUUUCUUAGAAAACUGGAUUCGAGAGUUUGACAAGCUGUUCGUGGCACUCAACUGUCCUGAGGGUAUGAAAGUGGACCAGGCCGCUAUGUACCUUAAGGACAAAGCUGAUAUCUGGUGGAGAGACAAUGUUGUGACCGGUAGGGCCAAACCUAACUUUGGGUGGUUCGCUCCUGAGGUUGUACCAACUGAAGAACUGAAGGCUCAGAGGUUUGAGCAUGGAUUGACUGACGAGUUACAGAAAGACCUGGCCGGAAAAGUUUUUAAAACCCUUGACAAGGUUUAUGAGAUAGUUGCACACCUGUACCAUCUGAAUACUAGGAGUGCUAGUGCGAGUGCUAAGGCUGGGGAGAAAAGGAAGGACUUUGGGAAAUCUGAGAACCAGGGUAACUUUAAGAGGCCUAGGAAUGGGAACUCGUUUGAUAGGGGUAACCAAAAUGUUAGCAGUUCUUCUAAUGCUAACAAUGGAGAGAGGACCUACCACUGUAAGAGGUGUAGGAGAAACCACCCUAGGAGAGAUUGUGAUGGGAAUUUAGUAACUUGUCGGUUCUGCAACAAAAGGGGGCACAGGGAAUAUGUGUGUUACACCAAGCAGAAACAACAGGGAAAUGGUGGGAAUGGUGGGAACACCCAACAGAGGCCUAACAACUUCAACAACUAG